AUGACCUCGACAAUUCUACCACCUCCAUCACCUACCGACUCACAGAUCAGACGUUUCCCGCGAGAAUCAGACGACGAGGACGCAGACACGGCUUCGCAGAGGUCCAUAUCCCUGUCGUCUCCCCCUAGGUCGCGCCAGAACUCAAUAAUGAGCGAUCCACGCCAGUCUUUCGCCACACAAAGCUCUGAUUCUCACCACUCGCAUAGAGAGUCAAAUCCCUUCUCUGAACAAUUCAAGAACCUCGAAACUCCAGAUUCUUCAGCGGCUCCUUCUGUGCUCUCGGAAGACGAUCAUGAUACGAGGGAGUUCAAACCCGUAACAUAUCCACCUAGCCCUCCAAAUAGAGACGACGCCAUUUCUGUAUCUUCCUUCGCUUCCACUUCUUCGAGGAAAGCGCGCCCAGAAUCCCUGUUGAUUAACCCAACGACGGAGCCUUUGAUUCUUGGUGUUGCUUUGGUGGAUUUUAACCAUCUUGUCGGACCUCGUAUCGAAUACUCUAUUGGUGACAUUUUCGAGGACGACGAAGUUGCCAAAAUUCUGCCCUUCCUCGCAUUACCAGACGGCGCACAUCUGAGCUCGGAAGAUUAUUCUUAUUUCCACCUCGUCAAACCCGGCCUAAAUCCAACCACAAUUUUUGGUAUCUCGUGCAAUCAACAAAUUUCUGCUGCGAGCCUUUUAGUCAAAGGCCCUGACGUGACACGCUCAACUGUCCAAAAAGCUGUUGUCGUAUUGGCGUCAAAGCCUGUAUUUGGACCAAUACGAGAGAAAUUGCGAGUGGUUACAACUGCCCUUUUCUUGCAGAGGGAUUUCCGAGAUUCGAGCAUUCUCGACGACUUUGCGGCUUCUUUGGAAAGAUCGUUGCGCUCGCAGCUGACGGAGAGUGGGCUUUAUAUGGGCACGAGCAUACGCGACCUCGUGCAUACAUUCAGACAAAAGACUCUAAUUCUCGUCAAAGCUCUCAUGCUCCAAAAGAGAAUUAUGUUUUACGGAUACCCCGUCGAAAAACUAUGCACAUACCAGUACUCUCUGGUAUCUCUGCUUCCUGGUCUCUUGCAGACCCUUGAUGACUGCGGCUCGCCUCCUCUGGCGGCACGUGCACCCACUCUAUCUCGUCCAACUUCACUUCGAACGUCGGACCACAAAAGUAUGAUGGCUUAUAUGGGACUACCUCUCGAUAUUUUCGGCAAGAAUGCAUUUUUCCAACCCUAUCUACCCCUACAACAACUCGACAUGAUAAAAGAUACCCCUAGUUGGCUAUGCGGAUGUACAAAUUCUAUCAUCACACAACAACCUGAUAUAGAUCUCCUUGUUAAUACCGAUACAGGCGUUUUCGAGUUCCGGGACCCGAAGUUGGAACGCUCAGCUGGACUGACGCCAGCGGACAGAAAGUGGAUGGACGACAUCUUGACUGAUGUCAAUGAGAAUUGGCGAUCGGAUGCUUUGUCGAAUGCAACAGGAAUGCAACAGUUCAAAGGGAGCGACGAUUAUCUGCGAGCUAAGUUUGAAGAGUAUAUCUCAGCGGCGCUGUCAUCUGUACGAUACCGCGAUUUUAUCUCAAAGGGCGAGAACAAUGGGGUUAUGAUUACGGGAGGAACGGGCGGGCACCCGAGUUCAACGGAAGAUUUCAACCCUCUAUGGAUAUCGGAAUUUAAGAACACUAAUGCUUAUGAGGUGUGGGAACGCACAACAGACCCUUUGCUUUUCGAUAUUGUGGAACCACGACAUCCGUGUAAUGAAAAACCUUCUGUGGUUGCUGAUAUUGGGUUGCGCCUUCAAGAAGGCAUUCAAGACCUAAAGCUCGAACAACAACUCGCUCCUGCUCGAGAAGCUGUGGCAAGAACCUUGACGGCCAGUUCGACGAGCUUUUUCAAAGCUGUUGAAGGUGUUCGAGGGCGGUGGAGUCAGCGGAAUACUAGUCCUGCCCCGCCAACGCCGAAUGAAGACGCUCUCAACAAAUCGUCACGCGCCAGCACACCUCCUGUGGAAGUCUCAAAGGCGGACUUUGAAGACGUACCACGGACUGCGAUGCAGGCGGAUUAUACGCCUUCCAGCAGAACUUUGCGUCCAUUCUCUUUGACAAGCACAAAUUCUCUGCCCUCGGACUCGCCAGUGACGAGUCCUGUGAACGGUGCAGUGCCCAGUCCUCUGAAGCCGCUAUCGGCGUGGAGCUCUGGCAUUGGCUCGUUCUUAUCUGCGAAGACUGCUAGGUUUUCGUUGGCGGGUGCGAAGACGCCCACGACGGCGCGUCCUGCGGAGUCAGCGUUCCCGCGCACUCCUCAGCCGCUACAUGAAGAGUAUGGAGAGCCGGAGGGGUCGCCGCUGUUCAAUGGGAUGAGCCCAGGUGUGAGCCCAACAUCAGCCGAAGUAGUAGCUCCUCAAAGUAUAUCGAGUGUGCUGGAGUCGAGUGCAUCAAGUCAGACAGUGGUUCCUUCGUCUUCAUCUUCGUCGUGGUCUACCACUGGUGCUGGCACUGGGAACGGGAAUGGCAGUACCAAGGCUGAUGGGAAAGUUGAGGACAAGGUCCCAGAGAAGCGUAACGCAGUCGGAGAGGAUUCUUCGGUAUUUACGGUUCUAUAA